UUCGCCCAACUGCAGCAGCUGGCGUGCGAAUGCUACGCGCUGCUGCCCUCGCUGGGCGCCGGCUUCACCCAGGGGCUGAAGCACACAGAGUGCUGGGAGCAGGAGCUGCACGGCCUGCUGGCCACGCUGCACGGCCUGCUGGGAAACCUCUACGAGGGCGCCGAGACAGACCCCCUGCCCUACGAGGGCCCGGGUGUGGGGCUGCUGCUGCCGCCGGCGCCGCCUGACGGGGAAACCAGCUUCGUCCUGAACCUCUACAACCGCUUCUCCGGCCUGGCCAAGUGCCUGCAACUCCUGCUGAGGGCUAAGGAGUCACCUGGCCUUCAACCCCUUCCUGGGUUCUCAUGUUACACACUCAGCCAAUUCCGCUCCACGGAUGCCGAACGUCGCCGGGAGGAUCCUCUGCUGGCCGGCGAGCUUCGCCGGGAGGGUCCCCUGCUGGCCGGCAGCGAGUUUGUGGCUCCGGUGACCGUUCCGGUCCAGGACAUUCUGGAUCUCGUGUGCCGGGCUCUGAACAUCUCCAUUAAGAACAUCAGCUGGUUCGGCGAUGGUCCCCUGAAGAUGCUGCUGCUGCCGGCUGUUCACCUGGAGAUCCUGGAUGUGCUGGCGGCCUUGAUCCUGGCGUGUGGGGCCCGGCUGGCGCGCUGGGGCAGCGUUCUGGGCCGGCUCUUCCCCCAGGUGCUGGGUGCCUGGAGCAGCAGCAGCGACUCGGUGCCACCGGGCCAAGAGAAGCCCUACAGCGCCGUGCGCACCAGGCUCUACCAGGUCCUGGAGCUGUGGGUGCAGGUGGGCGGGGCCGGCGCGGGGGUGCUGCAGGGCCCCACCCACCACAGCGAGGCCCUGCUGGCCCACCUGCUGAACGACAUCGCCCCCCCCACGGACAGCGUCAAGCUGAAAGUGGGGCGCCCUAGCUCGGAGGGGAAGCCCAGCGCCCCCAAGAAGCCGAAGCUCUCGGAGGGGGGUGAGGCCCCCUCCCUGCACCGCAAGCAGGACCCCAUGGCUAACAGUGACGUCUGCAAGGCGGCUCUGCAAGCGCUGAGCCGGGCCAUCCUGCUGGGAGGGAGUCUGGUCAAGGAGGAGACCCACAGGAGGCUGCAGGAGCUGGUGGUGCCGCUGCUGCUCCGCCUGGCCCAGGGGGACGUCCCCCCCGGGGGCUCCUACGCCAGCCCGGCCUGUCGCCACCAGCUCUACCGCCUGCUGUUGGCCCUGCUCCUGGCACCCGCGCCCGCCUGCCCCCCGCCCCUGCACUGCGCCCUGCGGGCAUUUGCCCUGGGCCAGCGGGAUCCCAGCCUGCAGGUCUCGUCCUUCUGCGCCGAAGCCCUGGUGACCUGCAGCGUCCUGGCACGCCCCCGGGUGCCCUCCCUGCAGCUGCCCCUCCCUGCUGCUGGCCCUGCCCCCUCGGACCUGGCCGCCUCCCCCUUCCGCCAGGCCCCGCCCUUCCCCGCCCCGCCGCCCGCCCGCCCCCCGUCCGCCAACCACCUGGGGCUGGCACCGCCCCGGCUGCCCCCUUCCGCCGGCCCUGGCCUGGCGCUGGCAGAGGAGCCUGGAGAGGCGGGUGACCCCCGGCUGCUGGCCCCGCCCUCGCCUGGGGGUGCGGAGGAGGGGGGGGCGGGGCUGGGGGGCAAGUCCCGUCGCCCCGUAUACGUGCACUACGAGAAGGAGGAGGAGUCGGACGUGGAGAUCUCCCUGGAGAGCGACUCCGAUGACAGCGUGGUCAUCGUCCCCAAGGGGCUGCUGCCCAAGCCCCCCCCGCCGCCUCCGCCUCCCCCUGCGCCCCCCUCCCCAGCCCCUGCCCAGCCCCCCGAGGAGCCACCCGCCGCCCCGCUCCUGCCCGCCGCCAGCGAGGCACUGCCCGGCCUGGGCGAGGAGAACCCGGCUGUGAUCAACAUUAACAGCAGCGAGGAGGAGGAGGAGGAGUUCCCGGAGGAGGAGGAAGACGAGGAGGAGGAGGAAGAGGAGGAGGAGGAGUACUUCGAUGAGGAAGACGAGGACUUCGAGGAGGAGGAGGAGGAGGAGGAAUUCGAGGAGGAGGAAGAGCUGGGGGAGGAGGAAGAGGAGGAGGAGGAGUACGAGGAGGAGGAAGGGCUGUCGGAGGAAGAGGAGGAGGAGGAGGAGGGGGCCCUGUCGGAGGAAGAGCGGGUGCCCCCCGGCCCCCAGGAGCUGCCGGCCGCGCCCAGGGAGCCGGACGAUCUCAUCAUGGAGGUAGAGGAGAGCCAGGCACCCGAGCCGCCGCCCCCCGAGGAGGUGGAGGAGGAGGAGGUGGUGGUGAUGAAGGCUAGCCCCUUGCCCGCCCCCCAGCCAUCGCGAGAGGAGGAGGAGGAGCUGGAGGAGCUGCCGCCGGCCCCGCCCACCCCACCCCAGCAGGCCAGCCCCCUCCAGGCCCCGCCUCUUGGCCAGGAGGAGAUGGGAGCAGAGCCCCCACUGCUGGAAGCCCCGCCCCCCAUCCUGGAGGAGGAGCAGCCCCCCAAGGACGAGGGGGCGCCCCCGGCGGGGGAGCAAAGGGAUGGCACCGGAGAGGGGGCCCAGCCCAGCCCCGAGCGGGAGCAGCCGGCCGGGAAGGCAGAGGCGGAGGCGGACGAGACAGAGACCAUGCUGGCUGACUUCAUCGACUGCCCCCCGGACGACGAGAAGGGGCCCCCUGAACCUGGCCCCUAGGGGGCCCCCCCGACCCACCUGCCCACUCCCGGGAACCCUCCCAACCAGCCCCCCCCGCCCCCACUGUGUCCCCUGUAUGGUUCAAUAAACACCCACACACCCAG